CAUUUAGUGCUUUUAGGUGCUUUACCUUUACUUCAAUUUUAUAACCUUAUUAUCCUGUAAGCAAGAUUGUUUAUAUCGUAGAUUUUGCCACCAGUUUUGUUUAGUAAUUGUGUAUCCUUUGAAAAACUGACAUUAGUUGCCCCCUUCCUCAAGUUUUCGCCGAUUUAAACUUUUUUGCACAAAAAGCGAAUUUAUUUGAAUUAUAAUCAGUUACAAAAAACUACUACCAGUUUAAAUGACGACCGUCAAAAAAUAAAACCGACAAUGGGAGAAAACCAACAAAGCAGGUUUGAGAAAUCGUUGGGUCUUUUGACCACUAAAUUCGUCAAUUUGUUGCAAAAGUCAACAGGUGGUGUGUUGGACCUUAAAGUGGCCGCUGAUUUACUAGCCGUAAGACAAAAGCGAAGAAUUUACGACAUCACCAACGUUCUUGAAGGGAUUGGUUUGAUCGAGAAGAAAAGCAAAAACAGUAUUCAAUGGAAACCAUACACUUACAAAGAUGCUCUACCUGGGUGUAACACUCAAGAGUUUGCUUUAAAAGUGAGCAACCUUAAGAAAGAAAUUUCCAAAUUAGAUGAGUUUGAACAAGAGUUGGAUAAACACAAAUUGUGGAUUGAGCAAAGUAUAAAAAACACGACUGAGGAUAUCCAGACGCGGAGAUAUCUAUACGUGAAUAAUGAAGAUUUGUCAAAAAUAUAUAUCGAAGACAACACUGUUUUGGUGUUAAACGCACCAAUUGAUGUCACAACAAUAUGUUACCAGAGUUCAAAUAAUGUCAACUUUUUGAAAAUUCAAUCCCGGGGGACCCCAGUCGCCGCGAAUAUUUUGAGCAUAUUGCAAGACCCGGAGGCGCAAAUGCAGCGCAAACGAUCCCACAGGGUAUCUGUGAAAAGCGAAAUCGAACAACCUGACUGUAAAAGAAGACACUAUGAAGACGAUGAACACGGAGAUUUAAUAGCAGCUGAGAUUUUAUUCAAAAAAAUCUCAAACGAUGUUUCCACCACCCCAGACUGUAAAGAUUUCCUCACGGAAAAAGAGUCUUGUUCAUCAAUUAAUUUAGAUCCUUUGGGUUUUAACCAGGACUACACAUUUGACCUGCUGGAAAACGAAGGCGUUCGUGAUUUAUUUGACAUAAAUUCUAUACCUGUACAAUAAGUCUAAUUUGAUUAAGUGUAUUUUUAAGUCAAUAUAUUAAUUAUAGCAAUAAA